CGGCGGCGGCUGCGGCGGCGGGCAGCCGGCGGCGGUGGGGCGCGGGCGGGGACGCCGCUGGGGGGCGCCCCGGACCCCAACCCCGCCGUGGGCCGGCCGGCCGGGCGGGGGGCGGGCUCGGCGGGCCCGGGGACCCUCCCCGCGCCGUCCCCGGCCCUCGGGAGCCCCGCGCUGGCACUCGACCAGGCCCCGGACGUCUUCGUCCUGCGGGUGCUGCUGGAGGAGACCGGGGAGAUGUUCCAGGUGGCGCACUGCCACAGCGACAUGACCGUGCGCGAGCUCAAGGAGGAGCUGGAACUCGUCGUCGGCGUCCCCCUCAACCUGCAGCGGCUCCAGUACCUGGACCAAGGAGUUUUGAUGGAUGAUACCACACUGAAGUUCCAUGAUGUUGUUCCUGGUGGAAUUAUUUCAUUAUGUAUCUGGCAUUAUGAUGGAUGGACAGAACUGAUUUUGGCGGCUGUGGAAGGGGAUCCUAGUAAGCUGUCUUGUCUUGCUGUUGAUGAGGACUCCAUCUACCAAACUGCAAAUUCAAAGCAUCUUGGAGGCGAGCGGAGGAAGGAAUGGAUAUGUCAGAGGGCGUUCGUGGCCUUGUACAUUACCUCCCACAGAGGUCACCCAGAUGCUGUGCAGUACCUUCUAGAGCACGGAGCCGACUGUCUCCAAAGAACCCCCAUGGGCAGGACCGCCCUGCACGCGGCCGGGGCCAUGGGCCGUUUGGACUGUAUAAACCUGCUGCUCAACUACGGGGCCUCGGUCACCGACAAGGAUGCCAGGGGGGAGACCCCCAUGUCCAUCGCCCGGCGCAUGAACCGCAGACACAGCGAGAGGCGCAUGUUCCUUUUCUACUGGAUGACAAAGUCAGGGACGAUGGACCCGAAGAAACUGCUCGCGCACCAGGUUUCUCACAGGGUGAAGGGUGGGUUUGGCUCCAAGAAGGGCCCAAUUUAGCUCCCACGGGCCACGUGUGCGCGUCGAAGCUGACUUGGGUCACUGUUCGGAGUUCAAGUCCACUGUGGCCCUCGGUGAGCAGGAAGCCAAGAAAACAUGGCAGUUCCUCUGAAUCAGGUACUAAAUCAUCUGUCCUGUUCGCGCACGGCUUUGGGGAGGGGGUCGUUGAGUUUGCGCUCGUUCUGGAAUCCAUGACGGACUGAGCGGCCUCUGAUGCCAGCCUUUAAUUUUGUGCUAUUUGUGCAUUGCCUCCGACAACGCUGCUUGGGGUGAUGGGCACCAAUUACCUUCUGUCCCGUCUGGAGACCAUCUAAUGCGUCAGCAUAAGAGAAGUGAUAGCGAUAAUGAGAACAGCACUGUUCCAUCGUAUAAAACCAGUGCCAGCGAAUGUCGCGAGGUUGCGGGCCGUGCGGGCCGUGAAUUUCGGCUUGUAAAACCCAGGAGCUACGUGCCGCCCAAGCUAGCGAGGUUCCGGAAGUUUUCCUGACCCGCCUCUGAGGGGUCUGCUGCUUGAGGGGUGGAGAAGUGAGGGGGGGGGGGGCAAGAGCAGAGAGAGCUUGGUUCUCCAGACACGUCCUCCACGGGGUGCCUUACUAGUCUUGCUGAAGGCGAUGUGUCGCCACCAGAUUUGGAGGAGACAGCGUAAAGGAUGCUGAUGAGCUCGUGGAGGAGAGACUCCGAGCUGGCGCCUUCUUUCCCUUUGUCCCGCCCCCGGUGGUCCGCUCUCCUUUCCCUGCUAGAACCGCGAAAGCACCACCAGCCUUCCUACGCUUAGCUCCAGGCUCCGUACCUCGCAAGGGCUGUGCCCCUGCAGGGGACCCAGCCUGCCACGCGUCUGAGCCCGGAGUAGGAGCAAGAGGGGAAGGUGGGGACCAGGGCGAGCGGACGUUCACACCCCUGUCUGAAGGGGGCGCAGAGGAAACGUGAGCCAAAGGCUGCUGGAUCUUUCCAGAGCGUUUUGAUACGAUAAGUCCCGAUUUAAAAAAAAAAAAAAAAAAUUAACGUUUAUUUAUUUUUGAGAGACAGAGCGUGAGC